AUGACUACCAAUCCUUACGGUCGGCUACUUGCACGCGAUGUGUUUUUGGCAGAUCUCAGAGAUCCUGGUGCCGUGCUUGGUGGUCUGGUGCGUACGCCCGGUGUGACGAAUAAAGUCCUUCACACAGUCGUUUGCAUUGCCUUCGACAUGCCGGACGACUAUGCCAUCCAGGACUCGGACGGACGGACCGUGGACAACGAUGACAGCCAGCUGGCUACCGGCCACUACCUCCUCGUGUCGGACAGGCCGGUACGCGUCAGUCAGCAACAAUAUUUUACCAGGUCUUUGUCCAUAGCAACUGGCCCUCGACUCGAGUCAUUCAAGCAACAAGUCCGCGCACGAGAUGGGCGGUGUGUUGUUUCCAAGGUGCCGUCUCCCGGGCCGCAACUCGACAUCUGGGUUGGUUUUGAAACGGCACACAUUGUCCCGCUCGCAUACAACAGCGAAUGGAACCGCCGUGGGUUUCCGGACCUCGUCUCCAUCCCGCCGCCGCCGCCGCGGCACAACGACACCAUCAACUCUGUUCAGAACGGGUUGCUACUGCAGAGCAGCUUUCACGCUCUUUUUGACUCUUACAAUUUUUCAAUCUUGCCCGAUGAUAAUUAUAAGAUUGUGUUUUUCACGCCGGACGUGUACGGCCUGGCCGGUACAUAUCUCGACCGUGAGCUCCUGGACGACGAGCGCAGACCCCUGGACGCCUUUUUGCGCUGGCAUUUCGAGCAAGCAGUACUCUGCAAUGUACGAGGCUCAGGCGAGCCCGCGUUUGACCAAGAUUUCCCGCCUCAGUCGGAUAUGAUGGCAGACAUUAUGGCGUCGCCAAAGGCGGCUGAACGGAUGGAGUUUGAACUGUUUACAAGACUAGGUGCAUCGCAGAUCCUUUCCGAAUGA